AUGUGCCGUUGGUGCUUUGGGGGCCACACUGCUGCCUGUCGGGACUCGCUGGGUUCAGACUCUGAGAACGUUGAAAACAGGGAAAAACACUGUAUCAUUCAGUACCGGGAGAGUGGGUUUUUGGAGGAGAAUGACGCCGCGGAUCGACGUGAACUGAAGCAGAAAAGUGAGUUCGCGAAGUUCAGCGGCGGUGAUGAGAGCGGCACGGCACGGCACAGACCGGGGGUAGACCUCCUGGAAGACCAGGACCAGGAUCGGGACCAGACAAGACCCGGGACCAGGGCCACGCUGCGCCUGCUGCUACCUCUGCGGGACUCGGACCUCCCGACGCGGCCACCGCGAAGGAAGUGCACAACAGGAUUCCAAGACCAGAUACAAGUGUUCACCAGGACCAAGAGGCGGCUCCAGUCUGUGCCUCUGCCCUGGGACCUCAGGAUGGGACCUCAGUAUGAACCUCAGCACAGACCCCUGCCCUGGGACCUCAGCCUGGGACCUCAGUAUGAACCUCAGCACAGACCCCUGCCCUGGGACCUCAGCCUGGGACCUCAGUAUGAACCUCAGCACAGACCCCUGCCCUGGGACCUCAGUAUGAACCUCAGCACAGACCCCUGCCCUGGGACCUCAGCCUGGGACCUCAGUAUGAACCUCAGCACAGACCCCUGCCCUGGGACCUCAUAUGAACCUCAGCACAGACCUCUGCCCUGGGACCUCAGCCUGGGACCUCAGUAUGAACCUCAGCACAGACCUCUGCCCUGGGACCUCAGCCUGGGACCUCAGUAUGAACCUCAGCACAGACCCCUGCCCUGGGACCUCAGUAUGAACCUCAGCACAGACCCCUGCCCUGGGACCUCAUAUGAACCUCAGCACAGACCUCUGCCCUGGGACCUCAGCCUGGGACCUCAGUAUGAACCUCAGCACAGACCCCUGCCCUGGGACCUCAGCCUGGGACCUCAGUAUGAACCUCAGCACAGACCCCUGCCCUGGGACCUCAGCCUGGGACCUCAGUAUGAACCUCAGCACAGACCCCUGCCCUGGGACCUCAGCCUGGGACCUCAGUAUGAACCUCAGCACAGACCCCUGCCCUGGGACCUCAGCCUGGGACCUCAGUAUGAACCUCAGCACAGACCCCUGCCCUGGGACCUCAGUAUGAACCUCAGCACAGACCCCUGCCCUGGGACCUCACACAGACCCCUGCCCUGGGACCUCAGCCUGGGACCUCAGUAUGAACCUCAGCACAGACCCCUGCCCUGGGACCUCAGCCUGGGACCUCAGUAUGAACCUCAGCACAGACCCCUGCCCUGGGACCUCAGCCUGGGACCUCAGUAUGAACCUCAGCACAGACCCCUGCCCUGGGACCUCAGCCUGGGACCUCAGUAUGAACCUCAGCACAGACCCCUGCCCUGGGACCUCAGUAUGAACCUCAGCACAGACCCCUGCCCUGGGACCUCAGUAUGA